AUGGGCCCGCACCUGCAGCAGAUCAAGAGCGAGCUCGACCAGUUCCGGCCCGACCUGGUCAUGUGCGCAUCUAAGGGCGGCGCGUACGUGGUGGGCCUAUGGGAGGCUGGCCUGUGGCUCGGGCCCACGCUGAUGAUCAACGCCCACCCCACGUGCGUGCGCCUGCCGCGCGGCGUGCCCGUGGUGCUCGCGGCGGGCGGCGACGACGAGCACUAUCCCUCGACGAGGAAGGCCCUGCACCGGCUUGUGGCCACCGGCACGGCGAGCCACAGCUUCCUCUACUACGCGGCCGGCAGCGGCCCGCGCCUCCCGCCCGGCUUCGCGCCGCGCCCCGGCGACCGCCACAACAUGUACUCGCUGCUGCAGAACGACUGCCUGCCCCGCCUGAUGGACGCGGCCCUCUGCCCGGAGGGCGCCGAGGUGCACCUGUGGCCCCCCGGCCCGACCCGCACCCACGCGGCGCUGGGCUCGGAGAGCCGCCUGCGGGCGGAGCGGCCCCUGCGCGAGGCGCUGCUGCAGCGGCUGGACGCCGCGCAGCGCCGCGGCGCCGCCGCGUGGCCGGCCCCGUCCGUGGAGCCCGGCAGCCAGGAGUUCGGCCUGGUCGCGGCCGCGUUCGCGGCGCCGCCCCGGGCCGCGUCCGCCUACCGCUUCCGGGCGGCGGUGCCCUUCGAGGCCACGCGCAUCGCCGCCGUCCACCGCGUGGAGCCCCGGCCCGACGCCGCCGCCGCCGCGCUGCGCCGCCUCGCGGAGCUGCGGGGCUCGCUGGAGCAGCGGGGCGUGCCCUUCGAGGCGGACGUCCACGCGCGCUGGGCCUUCUACCACGGCUGCGGGGCCUCGGCGCUGGGUGCCGGGCUCCAGCACCUCGACGCGCCCCCCCCCCCCCACCGUGCCCGAGGGCGCUCUGUUGCUUCGCUAUCGGGGGCCUGUCGCCGAUGCCGCCGCGUCGAUGCGCCGCCGGCUCCGCGCCGCCGCUCCUGCCCCUGCCCUGAAGUCGGGCACGCCCCUCUACAGGAGGAGCACUCAAGAUCUGCGACAACCAGAACAUGGGGGCGAGGUGCUUCUACAACUGGCUGGCUAUGCUUGAGGUUUCUUUGAAAACUAUGUUCCGCUCUUCGCCCAAAAUCCGCCUGGAGGGGGACAUGCCCGACCUAACCCUGCCCCCCCCCCACCCCCUGAUCCGGUCCCGCUCUUAUGCCUCCCCUCAGGUCCGUGGGGUGCUGGCAUCUACUUCGCGCGCGAGGCGAGGCACUUCUGCGCCGUCAAAAACCGCCCCCCCAGGGCACUCCCGGGAGGCGCUGUGGCAAGAAUUUCAGAAGGAGGAUCCGGCCGUGACGACGAGGACGGUGCUCAUGUGCCUGCUGGCCUCGGGCCUGCCCUGCGUCGGCGAGGCGGCCGGCGGAGGCGAGCUGCCGCUCCGCGGGGGCGCGGUGGCCCACGACUGCGCUGUCGACAGCGCUGCGAGCCCGGAGCUCUACGUGGUGCCCCGCGCCGACUCGGCCGUGGCGGCGUACUUGAUCGUCCUGGCCUGACGAGUAGGCCGCGAGGCCCACACGCCCAACGAAGCCACCUCCCCCUCCCUCCCUCCCUCCC